CCAACCCAAAUCAGAAGGGUUUGUAUUGCUCCACUUUCCCCAAAUUCUCAAUCCCUUGGCGCUCUCUCUCUCUCUCUCUCUCUCUCUCUCUCUCUGUAUCUCUUCAUGGCGGCCUCGUCUUCCUCAGCGUCGUCGGAUUCCUACGACUCAUCGUCCUCCUCUGAUCGUCGAUCUCGUCGCCGCCACAGUAGCCGCCGAGACAGAGACAAAGACAAAGACAAAGACAAAGACAAAGACGCUCUUAAGAUCCGUAAGAAGACUUCCCGCUCCCACUCUAAACGACGUCGCAAGCGCCAUCGCCAUUCAUCCUCUAAUUCCCACUCGUCGUCCUCUGAAUCCGACUACUCCAGAAGCGACAGUUCUUCUGACAGUGAGCCUGAAACAUCUUCUCGGUCAAAGAGGCACAAGAAGAAUGACAGACAAAAAAAGGUUGAGGAAAAGGAACGAAGCAAGAGUCAUCGCCAUAAACGCCAUAAGCAUAAAGUUAAAGAGAAGCAGCAGGAUGAAAGGAGUGCUGGUCCUGUACAGCUUUCAAAGUUCUUAGGGCGUGACAAAGAUGAUGGUGUUCGUCGCAGUGCUGUCUCUGGCAAAAAGAUUUUAUUGAAACUUGAGAAGACAAAAGAAGACAAGUUGGCGGAAAACAAAAGAAAUGAAUUGCUGAAAUUUUUGAAUGCUAGUUUUGACUGAUUUUCUGUGUGUCCAUUACCUAUUUAAUGGAAUUAAGAAUUGAACGGAGAGAAUCAUUGGGUUAGCUACUCCCAAAAUCUCCAGGAACCAAAGAGUUCCUAAAGACGGAGUUAUCUUGAGUGGAGUUGCAAUUUCAUACACAUUUGUGUUUCUAUUAUUGAUAUCAAAUAUAAAACCAUUGUUAAAAUAGAGUCAGCGCUUGCUUUCAUUCAGGUGUUUUUUUGAUUCAAUCGAUCUGUUUCUCGAACUCAGGACCUGGCACUUUGGAGGUGUUAUGUUGUAUCAAAUUGGGUGCUUUUAUUAUCAUUUUCUCACUGGUCAUAUGUAUAAUCCCUUGUUUAUUUUUGUCUCUGUAGUCUAUUGGGCAAUGGUUUAUGGAUUUUUAGACCUACCUUCCCGUUUGGUA